AUGAACGAUCGACCAAGCAUGCAGUCGAGCUACAGCUAUGCGGAGUACCCGGCGUCCGCACCUCAGAAACAUUACCCAACUGCACACAGCACUAGCAGUGCGUUCAGCGCGAGUGCGAACCCCAACGAGGAUUGGACCAAAAUAUCAGACCUUGCGGAACGACGAAGAAUACAGAACCGCAUUGCCCAACGGAACUAUCGCAAGAAGCUGAAGAAGCGCUUGGAAGAUCUGGAAAGAAGGGCCGGCUCGAGCUCGGCAUCACCAGAACAGCGACAUGAAGAACUUCCUCAAACGCAUAUGAAGGAGUCUAUCCAGACCUCUCGCGAGUCCGCACAUCACCGACGACGAUCAAAUAGUAGUCAAGCGCGGCGGCAACAUACUCCCGAGGUGCUAGCGCAACGAUAUGUGCUGCCCUCGGACGACCGUGGCAUGUUCUCGCAGCAAUUCACACGCCAGAUAUCGACUUCUCCCCCGCCAUUCUCGUAUGCUCCUCUACAGUCUACGGAGACUGUAGGAUAUCCAAACUAUCAGCCUUAUUGCGGAUUGCCGUCGGCUUCGAUGGAGCUUCCCCUAUACUCGCAGUAUCUACCACCACCUCAGCAUACGUACGGAGCUCAAAGCAUGACAUCUCCGCCCAUAAAGCAGGAGAUCUAUGGUGAUGACGAGUACAACAACCCAUUCGGCAUGAGCUACGCAUCCAUGGCCAACGAAAACUCAUUCCCCGCCUAUACACCGCCACUGUCGGAUGCAUCUGAGUUCUCACCACCAGAUUACCCACGCACCCCUCUAUCACUCCCUAGAACACCUCCGUCGUAUCGCUCAUGA